AUUUGUUAACAACAUCAGCCAAACGCCAACAUUAUCGGCAUUCCCCCCCCCCAAAUCCUUCACGGGCAGAUACCGGAGAGAGAGAGGAUUAAAAAGGCGCAUUUUUUUCAGAAUUUACAGACAAAUACAGGGAGGGAGUUUCGCCAAAUUUUGGCCUUCUUUAAAAUUCCGCGCCUUCUUAUUUCUCUGCGUUUUCCCGUAAACUCUUACUAACCUCACUCUACUCAACCCUCUUUUUAGCCUCUUCCAUUUUCUCUCUCCUCCAUCUUUUCACUUUCUCGAUCAAACCCUAGAUUUUCGGAAUUUGUAGUAAAUUUUUUCAUUUUUACUACAAUGGCGGAAAUGGAGGUGCUUAAGGAGGAAACAGUGGUUGAAGAAAGGAGGACGAGUGAGAGAACGAGAGGAAAAAGGAUUUCAUACAAUGAAAAGGAACUGGCUAAGUUAGAUGACGUUAGCCCUAAAAAAAGAGUUAGAUGUCAGCGUAAAAAUGGUACUUGUAAGAAUUCGAAUGUCCGAGCAGUUGUGGACACUAAAAAGAGUAAUGAAAUGGAGGCUGUGAUGAAUUUGCUGGAGCGGUCUAACGAUACAGACGGGUUAGCGGGUUUAGGUCUCAAAUUGGAGAAAGUUCAAGAGGAUGCUUAUGUUGAUGGUGUGGAGAAAAGUGAUCAUUUCAAAGUCAAAGAAACUCUUCGAAUCUUUAACAAUUAUUACCUACAUCUUAUUCAGGAGGAAGAAAAUAGAUGCAAGAGAAUUGAAGAAGAAAAGAAAAAGAACGGCAUAUUGGACACAAAAUCUCCUCACAAGCGUCCUGAUCUGAAGGCAGUUAGUAAGAUGAAGGAUAGUGGGAAAGUGCUAUAUCUCAGCAAGAGAUUCGGGGCAAUACCUGGUGUUGAUGUUGGUCAUCAAUUCUUUUCACGGGCAGAAAUGGUUGCUGUAGGUUUCCAUAGCCAUUGGCUGAAUGGAAUUGAUUAUAUGGGGCAGGAAUACUGCAAAGGGGAAUACAGCAAAUAUACCUUUCCUCUUGCGGUUGCAAUUGUUCUUUCAGGCCAAUAUGAAGAUGACUUGGAUAACUCAGAGGAUGUGAUAUACACCGGUCAAGGUGGAAAUAAUCUGUUAGGUGACAAGAAGCAAAUAGGAGAUCAAAAAAUGUUACGUGGAAAUUUAGCUCUUAAGAAUAGCAUGGAGGAGGGUCUGCCAGUGCGUGUCAUUCGUGGUCAUCUAUCUAAAAGUAGUUACGUUGGCAAAGUCUACACUUAUGAUGGUUUGUAUAAGGUUGUGAAUUACUGGGCAGAAAAAGGAGUCUCUGGUUUUACUGUUUAUAAGUUUCGUAUGAAGCGAAUUGAGGGCCAGCCUGAGCUGACUACUAAUCAGGUUCAAUUUAUUCGAGGACGUAUUCCUGAGUCUGUUUCUGAAGUUCGAGGGUUGGUUUGUGAAGAUAUCUCUGAGGGCCAGGAGAAUAUUCCUAUCUGUGCAACAAAUUUGGUUGAUGAUCCACCUGUACCACCAACGGGUUUCAAAUAUUUGAAAUCCAUCCAAGUUGCGGACAAUGUGAAGAUACCUGCUCCAGCUCGCGGAUGUGAUUGCAGCGGAAGUUGCACAAAUCCCAAUAUAUGUGCUUGUGCCAGGUUAAAUGGCUCAGACUUUCCUUAUGUUCAGAGGGACGGUGGCAGGCUUAUUGAAGCAAAGGCUGUGGUAUUUGAAUGUGGGCCGAAUUGUGCUUGUGGAGGCAUGUGCAUCAACCGGACAUCCCAAAAAGGCCUAAGAUACCGUUUUGAGGUUUUCAGAACACCAAAAAAAGGGUGGGGUGUCAGGUCAUGGGAUUACAUACCAGCUGGUGCACCAAUUUGCGAAUACACUGGGGUACUCAAGCGAUCGGAUGAGGCUGAUAGUGUAUUGGAAAAUAACUUUAUUUUUGACAUUGAUUGCCUUCAAACAAUGAAGGGACUUGAUGGGAGACAGAUGAGGUUGCGAGAUGUUUCUAUUCUUACUGAUGACAAACCUGAGAAGGUUGUGGAUAGCAUGGUGGAAUUUUGCAUUGAUGCUGGUGUCACAGGAAACCUGGCAAGAUUCAUCAACCAUAGCUGUGAACCUAAUCUCUUUGUACAGUGUAUUCUCAGUUCACACCAUGAUUUCAAGCUAGCCAGGGUGAUGCUUUUUGCUGCCGACAAUAUACCUCCUUUACAGGAACUUACCUAUGAUUAUGGGUAUGCACUUGAUAGUGUCAUUGGGCCUGAUGGGAAGGUAAAGCAGAUGCCAUGUUAUUGCGGUGCUGAAGGUUGUAGGAAGCGAUUGUUUUAAGCUGUUUCUUGAGUCUGCCUCCUCUUUUUUGGUUAGUGCUUACAAGCUACAACUAAAUAAUGUAUAGAUGCUAACGUAUAGAUGCAUCUCUUUUUGCGCUCAUGGGAGAACUCAUGAGCUUGGACAUAGACCGAGUAUAGAAACCGAUUUUUUGUAUGAUGCUAGUAUUACUAAGCAAAUCUUUAUAUGAACGUAUUUAUGGCCAUAUGCUGGUCAGCGUGUUCUACUGUUGUAGUUAAUUGUCUAUCAAUCAAUUGUAAUGAAAAUUUUGUACAA